UAAACAUCGUAAACACACUUCAUCAUUGAGUGGACACUCGUGUCUAUACAUAAAUUCUGAUAAAAAUGUCAACAAAGAUAUAGACGUACACACCAAGGAAGUAGGGCUAAACUCUAGAAAACUUUAAAGCCAUCUUAAAUGUCUUCAAUACCUGUGAUAGAUUUCCAAAAGUAUGGGCUUCAUAUCGAAAAGGUGGAGUCCGUACCUAGGGAGGCCUUGAAAGAACUAGGAGACCAGAUGUGUAAAGCUCUACAGAAUAUUGGGUUCUGUUAUUUAAAAAACCACGGGGUUCCUGAUGCUCAGUUGAAACACGUAUUGGAAUAUUCAAAAAAGUUCUUCAGUCAGCCAUUAGAAGAAAAAGUAAAAUGUGCCAAACCAGAUGAAGGUUAUGAUGGAUGGAUCGGAUUGGAGAAAGAAAACCUGAAUUUAGAAAGACCAGUCGGAGAUUACAAAGAAACCUAUAACAUUACUCCAACAUGCGAAAUAUGGCCGACCAAUAUGCCAGAAUUCGAGAAUGUUUUAAUGGAUUUCUUAAAGAAAUGCAUAGACCUAGCCUUAAGAGUUUUUGAUGUUAUCUCCGUUGGUUUGAAUUUAGAGGACAAAAAUUUCUUUCGAAACUGUCAUAAAUUAAUUGGACAAAGAGGAAAUGUAACUGCUCUUAGAAGUUUGUUUUAUCCGGCUAUUCCAAUGGAAAAGGAAAUAAAAGAAGGACAAGUACGAUGUGGUGAGCAUUCAGAUUAUGGUACACUGACGCUAUUAUUCCAAGAUCUCGUCGGUGGACUGGAGGUGAAAACACGUGAUGGUGACUAUAUUCCAGCUACACCAAUCUCUAGUACCAUUGUUGUAAACAUUGGGGAUAUGAUGCAGAGAUGGACGGCAGAUAAACUUAUUGCAACGAAACAUCGUGUUUUAAUUCCGAAUGAAGAACCAAUAAAACGACAAAGUCGACAGUCUGCAGCUUUGUUUGUUGUGCCUGAUUCAUUUAGCGUCAUCACGUGUUUAGACGAUUCUGAGAAAUACCCUCCAAUCACUUGUAUUGACUAUCUUUAUGGAAAAUUUUAUGAAAAAUUCUAAAUUGAAACACCGGGUUCUUAUUCCGGGAGAGGAAAUCCAAAAGAGAAGAGAUCGUCAAUCUGUGGCGUUGUUUGUUUUACCAGACGAUGACGUAUUAAUCCGUUGCCUGGACAAUUCUGACAAAUAUGAACCAAUCACAAGUCGAAAUUAUUUAAAUAUGAGAUUUUAUGAAAAGUUUUAAUUAUCAUCUCAAUAAAUCAUACUGAAAUCAA